ACAAAUAAGCAACCGGAUAAACUAAACCCCCCAACUGUCUCUCUUUCACUCUCCAAUCUGCAAAUGGCAAUCCUUGCUUCACUUCCAAACCACAACCUCUUCUCCUCCCUUCCAACCACCGCCCCAACCACCACAAAACCACCACCGUCCUCCUUUACUCCGCCAAUCCCAGUUCCCAAAUACCCUCCUAAACAGAAACGCCCAAAACCCCAACCUUCAAAACCCCACAAAAACCACCCUGCAUUCACCAAAAUCCAGCACAACAAAACCAAAUACUUCAAACCCAUCUCAUCUCCCACCCCAGUAAUCCUUUCCCCCCCUUCCUCCCCCGACGCCGACACCGAAAACAACGAUGACCGAGCCGUCGUAAUUGGGGAAUCCGGGGUAUCCUACCUCCUCCCAGGAGCCCCAUUUGAGUUCAAAUUCAGCUACUCAGAAACCCCAAAGGCGAAACCCUUGGCAAUUCGAGAACCUCCUUUUUUGCCCUUUGCUCCUCCCUCAAUGCCACGCCCUUGGACCGGCAAAGCGCCUUUGAAAUCGAAAGCGGAGAAGAUGAUGAAGAAGAAGAUUCCAUUGUUUGAUUCUUUUAACCCUCCUCCUCCUGGAAUGAAGGGGGUUAAGAGAGUUGAAAUGCCUGGACCUUUUAAUUUUGGGGAGUUUCCUAAAGAAGGGUUGAGUAGAAAGGAGAUUAUUGGGGAACCCUUGUCUAAGGCUGAGAUUAAGGCUCUUGUUCAGCCUCUUCUUGCUGAUAAUCGUCAGGUUAAUCUUGGAAGAGAUGGAUUGACACACAAUAUGUUGGAGUUGGUACAUUCGCAUUGGAAGAGACAACGAGUUUGUAAAGUGAAAUGCAAGGGUGUUCCAACUGUUGACAUGAAUAAUGUGGCCAAAUGUCUUGAGGAGAAAACAGGGGGUAAGAUUAUACAUCGCGUUGGUGGUGUAGUUUACCUAUUCCGUGGACGGAAUUACAAUUACCGAACUCGCCCAAAAUAUCCCUUAAUGCUUUGGAAGCCAGCUACCCCAGUUUAUCCAAAACUUAUUCAAGAUGCUCCUGGAGGCUUGACAAAACAGGAGGCUGAUGAGUUGAGACGAAAAGGAAAAAGCCUUCUAGCAAUAUGUAAACUAGCAAAAAAUGGAGUCUACGAUAACCUAGUAAAUGAAGUGAGACACGCUUUUGAAGGAAGUCAACUUGUUAAGGUUGAUUGCCGAGGAUUAGAGCCCAGUGACUACAAGAAGAUUGGGGCAAAACUAAUGGAAUUGGUUCCCUGUGUGCUGCUUUCUUUUGAUGAUGAGCAGGUACUAAUGUGGAGGGGACGUGACUGGAAGUCUAUGUACCCCGACACUCCAACAGCCUGGCUGGAUGCUACUGUAAAUGGUUUUCAUGGUUCAGGUGAACCGAAAACAGUAAUCUCAAGCCCAAGAAUGAUGUCACUAUGGAAACGUGCAAUAGAGUCGAACAAGGCAGUUUUACUAGACGAGACUGAUCUUGGUCCAGAUGCUCUUCUGGAAAGGGUUGAGGAAUUUGAGAGGAUGACACAAGCUACUGAGCAUUCGUAUCCUGCUCUAGUCCAUUCAGGUGAGGAUAUCAUGUCAUAUUCUCAAACAGAAGAUAAGGUUUUCCAAGAUGAUGAAGAAUUUGAAGAUUAUUCCAUUGAUGAAGAAGACGAGUUUGAUGAUUACGGGGAUGACUUGUUUGAGGAAGCAGAAUCGCCUGCUCCUCUCGGCUCAUUACCAGUUGAUUAUAUUGCAGAGCAACUGCGCAGGCACAACGAAUAACAAUAUUCGGGUUACACCAAGUUUUGUAUACUAUGGUUUCAUUGUGAUUGAAAUUUACUGGUGUAGGUAUGCUUCUAUCCCAAUAUCUCAUGUAUGGCUGUAUUGGGUUCUUGUACCUUGUGCAUUGACAUGGUUGUAAUAAACAAUGUGUACAUACAUAAUUAACGGCAUAAUUUACUAAUUAUGAGCUUCUAAUUAAUUAUUCUGUGAAUGAAUACAAAUGCAAGAUAUUCAAUAGAAA